CGCAGCCGCCGCCGCCGCCGCCCCUCGCUGCCUGACAGGAGGUGCCAUGGCCUCACGCAAGAGCUCCAGAGGCGCCGGCGGCAGCCCCAGCCCCGGCUCCAAGAGAGAGACUAAGCAUGGAGGAAGCAAGAAUGGAAAGAAAGAAGGCCUCUCUGGAAGCUCAUUUUUCACCUGGUUUAUGGUAAUUGCUUUGCUGGGAGUUUGGACAUCAGUAGCAGUUGUCUGGUUUGAACUUGUAGAUUAUGAAGAAGUUCUAGGCAAGCUUGGGAUAUAUGAUGCUGAUGGAGAUGGAGAUUUUGAUGUGGAAGAUGCUAAAGUGUUGCUAGGCCUUAAAGAAAGAUCUGUCCCAGCACAGCCAACAUCACCAGAAUCUGAGGAGACCAUCCAGCCUGCUGAGAAGUCAUAUGUCGAAUCAGAGCACAAGAAUGCUGAUGUAGAAUUGGAAGAGGAGAUUCAGUCUGUUCUUCAUGAAGCUCUCCAUUCCCAGCCUGGAGGGAGACAUGAAGAUGUAAAUGAAAUUAUAAAUGAUGAGUGGCAAGUGAAGGAAGAAAUACAUGGAGAAACUUUUGAAGCUCCUACAACAGAUGACUUGCUCAGAGAAUUAGAGAAUGAAAUGCCAGAAGCAUAUGAAACACCAGACUCAGUUCAGAAAGAUGCUGAUCUUUUGACAGAUGAUCUUGGAGCCGUGGAGCCUGAACCAUAUGAAGCUCCAGUUUCAUAUGAAUAUGAUAUGGAUGUGGAAAAGACAGUAAGUGAUCCAGAAGCUCCAGGUGACUCUGAGCUAACGCUAGAAGAUGCUGUGGAACAUUACACAGAGGAUAGAGUGCAUGGCGAUUAUAAUGAAGACCAUGAACCAAAACAUGAAAAGCUGACUGAGACUCAAGCUGUUGAGGACCUUCCGGAGGAGGUGAAUGAAGCCACGGAGCCAGAUGAAAUUAUUGGAGAUUUUGAUAUUGAUAAAGAGCUGUCAGUAGAAAGUAAGCAUACAGAAGAUGUUGUGGCCACUGAACCAGAGGAAUCAGAAAUGCCUGUUCAAGCUGAGGAUUAUUCAAAUGAUGAUCUAGUGGGGAAAAGUGAAAAAGAAACUGAACAAGAUAAAACAGGAAAAGCUAAAAAGAAGAAGAAGCCAAAGCUCUUAAACAAGUUUGAUAAGACCAUUAAAGCUGAACUAGAUGCUGCAGAAAAACUACGUAAAAAAGGAAAAGUUGAAGAAGCUCUAAGGGCCUUUGAAGCAUUAGUGGAUCAAUAUCCACAGAGUCCUCGAGCAAGAUAUGGGAAAGCACAGUCUGAAGAUGACUUAGCUGAGAAAAUGAGAAGUAAUGAGAUGCUGCAAAAAGCUAUCAACACCUAUGAUGAGGUGGUUAGUCUGCCAAAUGUCCCUUCGGAUCUGAUAAAACUGAGCUUGAAACGAGAAGCAGACAGGCAGCAGUUUCUUGGUCGCAUGAGGGGUUCCCUGAUUACUCUACAGAAAUUAGUUCAGCUGUUUCCCAGUGAUACUUCAUUCAAGAAUGACCUUGGUGUUGGUUACCUCUUGAUAGGAGAUAACAGCAAUGCCAAGAAAGUAUAUGAAGAGGUUCUAAGCUUGGCUCCAAAUGAUGGCUUUGCCAAAGUACAUUAUGGCUUCAUCCUGAAGGCAGAAAACAAGAUUGCAGAGAGCAUACCCUAUCUAAAGGAAGGACUAGAGUCUGGUGACCCUGGCACAAAUGACGGACGCUUUUAUUUUCAUCUGGGUGAUGCCUUGCAGAGAAUGGGAGACAAAGAGGCAUACAAGUGGUAUGAACUUGGAUACCAAAGAGGUCACUUUGCAUCAGUUUGGCAGCGCUCCCUCUACAAUGUCAAGGGACUGAAAGCUCAACCUUGGUGGACAGCAAGGGAAACUGGUUAUACAGAACUGGUGAAGUCCUUAGAAAAAAAUUGGAAGCUUAUUCGGGAUGAAGGCCUUGCUGUGAUGGAUAAAAAAAGAAGCCUCUUCCUGCCUGAAGAUGAGAAUCUACGAGAAAAAGGAGACUGGAGCCAGUUUACCUUAUGGCAACAAGGAAGAAAAAAUGAGAAUGCUUGUAAAAGUGUUCCAAAAACAUGCGCUUUAUUGGAAAGAUUCCCAGAAGCUACUGGCUGCAGAAGAGGGCAGAUCAAAUAUUCCAUCAUGCACCCGGCUCAUGUCUGGCCCCACACAGGGCCCACCAAUUGUCGGCUAAGGAUGCAUUUGGGCUUGGUGAUACCUAAGGAAGGCUGCAGAAUUCGGUGUGCCCAAGAGAACAGAACCUGGGAAGAAGGGAAAGUUCUUAUUUUUGAUGACUCUUUUGAACAUGAAGUAUGGCAGGAUGCUGAAAAUUAUCGCCUGAUAUUCAUUGUGGAUGUGUGGCACCCUGAGUUAACAGCACAACAGAGACGCACCCUUCCUGCUAUUUAAGGGGUUCCUUCUGAUGUAUGGAGCAGAGGAGCUUUAACCCCUUUGGAUUAUGCAAAUAGGAUUAAUUUAUCCAGCAUAUGAAGAAUACAAGUAUUGUAAGGGUUAGAAGAGAUAACGAUGACAUUCUGCAGUCACAGAGGACUUGAUUUAAAAAAAGGAAAAAAAAAAAAAAAGCCAUGUUUUGUUUCAUACUGAUACAGCACUGAUAUGUAUUGUUUUUCCGGCUGCAAGUUUGAAAAUACAAAUCUUGUCAGCCAAAGAGCAAGAGGUCUGGAUUUUCAAAUUGAGGAAUGUGCAGAUAUUUUUGCCAUGCCUAUAUUAUGUGUACAAAACCAGUUAGUCACCUGCCCGACCAUGUUCAGGCACAAGAUUUGCGAUUCUACAUCUGGGAAAUACUUCCCAGGUUUUUAUCUGGGAAGCAACAUGUAAGAUAUUUACAAACAUACGCACACAACCAACUUUGAAAAUCAGUAUGCAGUUGUGAUGUUAGCUGCUUCAGGCAUAGAACAUGUCCCUAUGUUAUCAACUGUAGAUAAUGUGAAUGGGUUAUGUGUGUUUUGUAUUUUUUUUCUACCUGAUUAACUGUAUUUUUCUAGCAUAAUUAUGAACAAAUCCUCUUUAAUCAACCACUAUUUUAAAAAAAAAAAAUAUAUAAGUUCAUCUCUAGCUAUCAGCAGAAGAAAAACACUAUAAAUGAACAGAUUUCAUUUUUGCCAAGUGUGGCCUUCUCUUGCCUUCCUGGAAAUGCAAACAGAAACUUGCAUAAUCAGCUGCUUAGUGAAGCUUUGUUCUUCUAAAACAAAAUAGUUCUCUUAGUUAGCAGGCAACCUUCAGUUUGAUAAUGUGAUUUUGGAAGAUGUUGAGCAAAUGUGACAUCUGUAGGCUCAGAUCUUAAAGUGCUUGACAGUUCAUAGGAUUAUGUGAACUGCUGUUUCUCCUGUCGUUACAAAAGCUUGUGUUUUGAUAUCCGUUUUCUACCCAGCAAGGGUCUGAGGCACCUCCUUCCAGGGGCUCCUUCUAGGCUGCCCUUGGGUGGUCAUUCAGCAGCAAAAAAUAUAUGAAGAAUUUCUUGUGCUUUGGGCAGAAGGACAAGGUCUAACUUGCUUUCCUGCCAGAAUGCAGAGCACACAAAGAGCUUCAGGUUAUUAACUUGUAUUAACUUCUGCUGCCAGCAUCCUACAGAGUGCUAGAAUGAUCCUUUAAUUGACCUAAUGGUGUUUUCCUUGUCUUGAAAUGUAUGACAUGAUGCUGAAGUAGUCUUAUCCCAGUACUGUUUACAGUAUGCUCUGUAUUUGCCAUACAGAAUUUACUAUAUGGUGAAAAGACCUAUUUUCAAGACAGAAAACUGGUUGGAUGUUUAAGCAGUUGGCUGAUCUUUUAGGUCUGUACUUUUUAAUGGAAGAUGGAGGGUGCAGGACCCUCCACUGUUAACUUCGAACAACACUAACAGAAAAGAGAGACCUGAGGUUGCACUGUCGAUGUUUAUGGCUGGCUGUUAUCUACUCACCCGCAAAACCAGCUGGGUGUGGAUAUGUGUGCUAGGAUGCUCAGGGCUUGUCAAGAGCAGUGGCAUCAUUACCGAGGGUUGUGAAAGACAAACACUAAGCAAGCAGACGUUGAGGUUAUUUAGUCUCCACAGCUUUGGCUUUGUUGUCCAAAAGACACUGAACAGUCAUCUUAUUUGUUUAAUGCUCAGUGGUUUUGUAUUGCAGAGCCUACAUCAUGGUACCUAAGUAUCGUGCCCAGAAUGCCACGUUUGCUGAAGCAAAACACAGAUAAGAGCUUUGCAUUCCCAUAAACUGAAUGCUUUCCAGAUUUUGUAUUUUACUAGGUAAUUAAAUCUUGUAAUGCCAUGUAACACAUGGUGAUUGCACCAUAAAUUAGUGUAACCAGUUUCUGGAGGUGUGCACUUUAAUUUCCUUUUUGACUAUUAAACUGAUAAACCUUCUCUGAUCAAGAGUCAGUUUUAGACAGCUAUGAUAAUUAGGCUUUAAUAUGUUGUCUGUAUCAAAAAUAACACUGAGACUAUACACAAUGUACAAGAAAGUAACAGUUCUCAGUUAAUCAUAAUGAAAAUGGAAAAGAUUUAUAAGUUUCAUGCUUAAGAAAAUAUAAAAAUACUUUUGGAGAGCUUUAGGAGAAUCGUGCAAAACUGGAAAUAAGGUACGCGUUAUUGUGGGGGGUCAUAGUAAAAAAUUUUUUUAGAUCUCCUGGUAAUUGUUUAGUCAGAGGCUGUAUUUUGUAUCUUUGUAAAGUGAUCAAGCAGUACAAAUCAUAAACUAUCUUGUAAUUCUCUAAAAUAAAGACAUAGUUUGUAAAGAAGGAGUCAAGAACUGUUUAAACCAAAAAUUGUGGUUUAGGGAUAUUUUUAUUAAUGUUGCAUUUUACUUUCUAUAGUUCAGAGUAAAUACUAAAGGAGUCGUAAAAGCUUUGGAGCUUUAUUUAUGAAAAUCCAUGCCAUCCUUCAGAUUGUUUCAUUGUUCCUUUGAAGGAUCAUACUUUAUCUUUUCCGAUUGCGAUUGGCAAAUAGAAAAAAUUGGCAAAUAGAUAAAAGUAAUCUACCCAAGAUGUGUGUGUGCCGGAGUAGCACUGUUUAUUAAGUUGUGUAGUCAUAUAUUGGCCAUUUAAAAUCUUAAGUGCCUUGAGUAUGGCAAGGUGUAUUAUGAAUAGCUCCUGCAACACUGAAGUGAAUCUACUCUAUGCUGCCUUGUCAAGGAGCUGAGAGCAUAUCUUUUUGUUAGGUACAGUUACUGGAUUAGCUAUAUACAUGGGGAGGAUAUAUAUAUAGCAAACUACAGAAAUUAUGCAGUGAAUAAGUGGUAUAUUAUUUUAGGUAUUCCUGUUUGCCAGCUGGUAUUUCAUCUUGAAAAAGCUUUUCAACAUUGGAAAUGCCAACGGAAGAAGUGAAUGAAAAUAUUUUUUAAAUGGAGAACCAUUGCAUUUUAAUUUUUUUUUUUCUUUAGAUAUAUUUACAGAGGGAAAUGACAGAAAAGGGCAAUAUAGUCUCCUGUUUGUAAGGCAGUACAUACUCAUCACAAUGUUAGGAGGUGGAUUCCUCCCUGCCUGUAGUUACCUUGCUUGCAAGCACAGAGUCUGUAUAAGAUCCUACAGUUAAAUACAGGCAUCAUACAGUUGUAUACAAGGCAUCAUAUGUAUUUAUUCAUGUCACAGCUAAAGAAAAUAAAUCAUUCUAAUCCUCUGCAAGGUUUAGUCCUCAAGGACUAGAUUUCAGUGAUAUUUGCACUUCUUGGGCAGAACAAGUCCCACUUGAAUGAACAGUGAUUGUAACAGGUCAUCACAAAGAUUCAAUGGCAGUGGAGGUAAGUGUAUUAACAGAGAAAACUCGUGAGCCAAAGUAUUUCUUCAUUAAUGCUGCAGUAUAAUAGCCAAUGCCUGUCUUUUUUUGUCUGUUUGGCUUUUUACUUUCUGCUUUAAGCAAGUUCACUGUGACAAAUCCAAAUGCCUGUGAGUCUUUGUGAGCCCAGGGAAGUGAAGGGAGCUGUGUUGUUACCAGGAGUUGACAUCCUAGUUUUCUGUAAUAGGUGGCAAUGCCAGGGGAGGGGGAAUGGAAGAAAUCCCAAAGAUAAACGAGCUGUCAUCUUAUUUGUUUAAUGUUCCUGCAAGCUUCUGCUUCUUUUUCUGACUCCUGUGUUGCCUUGCUGGGACCAUCCACUGCCUUAAAGACUCGCUCUCUAUCAUGGAGGCCAGGCUUUGUAUCAAUGACAUGCUGCUGGAGAAGAAGGUUAGUCUGAAUGAGGCUAUUCUGUACAAAUACUAGCAGGUAAAUCCCAGGUGUGUUGAUAGGAUCUGGCAGGAUGUCCUUUCUGCCCUGUGCAGGCAUAAAAUGUUGUUGUAGAUAAAGGCAGUAUUUUGUUAGUCCAUCUGUUAGGGCUGACCAUGUCCAGUUGAACUAUAUCAUCACUUCAGCGUAUCACUUAUGAAUUCAGUGGAUGUUCCAGAGGCACUUUAAAAACUCUUGUGCCCAUUAUCAUCUCAUUUUAUAUAUAUGGUUUACACUGCUACUUUUGAUAUGUUGUUGCCAACUGCUUAUUCUAGUAAAUUGUCAAUGUAUGGCAAUUUAAUUGAAGACUAAAGGUGUGUACAGUGGUUGUAACUGUUUUAGGAAAUAAAGUC